UAACUUUAGAUGGAGUAGGGACCGUGGAAGAAAAUGAUGUUGUCAAUGUCUCGUGUACUUUGACACGCACGCGUUAUCAACCCACAACAUUUAUAAUAUUGUCCGUUAACCCUGUUCAUCCAGACAUCAACAAUGUAUCCCUGUAUACAACGACAACUGUGUACGACAAUGUGACGGAGACUUAUACUUACACUCUGUUAGCCCCGCCCGUCAUGGUGGACAGAUCAAUGAAUGGCCAGUCAAUAACUUGUUAUGUUUUAGUGAAUUCUUCUAUGUUUUACCAAGCAAAGAGAUUUACUGUCUUCUAUGGACCGUAUGAUGAUCAUGUAACAUUUUCUGGCCGAGAAACAGGGGUGGAGGGAUAUGGGACGGCCUGGGUCUGUUACGGAGGAUUUACAAACCCAGCAGUGUCCAUCACAUGGUACAAUGGUUCCACAGAGUUCAGCCCUGAUACACCACUUAUUGUAGAUAAAUAUAGUAAUUAUUACUAUACACGACAAGAAUGGAAAGUCAAGUAUCACCGAGAUUACACGGGGAAUAAUAUCAGUUGUGUUGUCAGAGGAUCUGGAAAUAGAACGGUGACCAAAACAAAGCAGUUUGGGGACAUUCUUUAUGACCCAGAUUUAGUUGUUGGAGGGAGCUCUGUUGUAGAGGAGGGAGACACCUUAAAUUUGACCUGUGAGGUUGUGGCAGCCAAUCCAAUGACAAUUGCCUCAUGGAGUGGGAGAGUGGGCCAAUCCUUGGUGAUCUCUGACAUCAAGAGAUAUCAGAAUGGAAACACUUUUUUUUGUACUGCCCAGAACUCUGUUGGCACAUCCUUGCUGAGUGUCACAAUCACAGUUCAGUCCCGGCCAUCCUUGGAAAUAGUUGGAGCAGUUCAUACAACUAGUGGUGGUAGUUGGCAGAUAAAUGGAAUAGAAGGAGAAAAUUUGACCUUGACCUGUAAAAGUGACCUUUCAUCCUUGACAUUGGAAUAUGCCUCAGUUGUCUACAAUAACACAGAAAAUGACAGUGGUACCUAUACUGUGACACUGAUUAAAAAUGCCACCAAGAGCGAUGAUGAUCAAGUACUUAAAUGUAGAGCUACGAAUGCAACAGGACAGGAACUGGAGAAAAUAGCUGUCGUACAUCUGGCCUCUGAUGUUAUUGACGUAACUUUAGAUGGAGUAGGGACCGUGGAAGAAAAUGAUGUUGUCAAUAUCUCUUGUACUGUGUCACGCACUCAUUAUCAACCCACAAAUAUUGGAAUAUUCUCCUUUAACCCCAUAAACCCAGACAUCAACAACGUAUCCCUGUAUACAACAACAACUGUGUACGAUAAUGUGACAGAGACAUACACUACCACGUUGUUAGCCCCGCCCAUCACGGUGGACAGUUCAAUGAAUAGCCAGUCAAUAUUUUGUUAUGGUUUAGUGAAUUCUUCCAGGUUCUCCCAAGUAAAGAGAUUUACUGUACUCUAUGGACCAUAUGAUAAUCAAGUGUCACUAUAUGGCCGAGAGACAGGGGUGGAGGGAAACAGAAUGACCUGGAUCUGUUACGGAGGAUUCACAAACCCAGCUCUGUCCAUCACAUGGUACAACGGCUCUACAGAGUUCAGUCCUGAUACACCAGCUAUUGUAGAUAAAUAUGGUGAUCAUUACUAUACACGACAAGAGUGGAACUUCAAGUAUCACCGAGAUUACACGGGGAAUAAUAUCAGUUGUGUUGUCAGAGGGUCUGGAGAUAGAACAGUGACCAAAACAAAGCAGUUUGGGGAUAUUCUUUAUGACCCAGAUUUAGUUGUUGGAGGGAGCUCUGUGGUAGAGGAGGGAGCCACCUUAAAUUUGACCUGUGAGGUGGUGGCAGCCAAUCCAAUGACAACUGCCUCCUGGAGUGGCGGAGUGGGUCAGUCCUUGGUGAUAUCUGACAUCAAGAGGAAUCAGAAUGGAAACAUGUUUAGUUGUAGUGCCCAGAAUUCUGCUGGCAGGUCCUACCUGGGGGUCACAAUCACAGUUCAGUAUGGACCAGAACUGAAUGUUAUGUCUGAAUUAUCAUACAAGGAGGGAGUGAAUGCCACAAUCUACGGCUCUGUGUCAGCGAACCCUCCCGCCACACUGGCCUGGAGAAGGGCGGGAAACAGCACGGUUCUCUCGACUGACGGCGAUCUAUUUCUGGAGAACGUCUCGAGGGACCAAGCAGGGGUGUAUGUACUGGAGGCCACCAGUGUAAAACAAAGGGGAAAUAACACUUUACAGGAGGUCACCAGAAAUGCCUCUACAAUAUUGGAGGUCAUGUAUGGACCUGGAUCUUCAGUUGGCCUCUCCCCCAAUGUUACUGUCCUAGAAGUUGAGCAGGGGGCAGUUAUUCCUCGCAUCACCUGUGUAGCAGACUGUGUCCCUGACUGUGACUAUCAAUGGACACGGGAGUACAGAAACACCAUGUGGUAUAGAUCUGGUGCCACCCUGUCCCUAGGUAACGCCACUGUAGCGGAGGUCGGGAUCCACACUUGUAAAGCUUCGAACUACGUACGAUCACAGCGCUACGAACAAACAGUGACCUUUGAACUUCGUGUGAAAUAUGCACCAGAGGUACAAUCUGUCUCUUUGGACAGGUUUACAGGUAACCCGUAUAAUGAUGGCAGUCCUAUUUCUGUAACCAGUGUUAUAAGGGCCUGGCCCUCAGUGGACAGUGUAACAUGGGGCAUUACAAAUGAUCGCUUCACAAACCAGUUUAUGCCUUUAGACUCGAGGUACAUCACCAAUCGGACUGUGAACUGUUCGUACGACUGUGAGAUAACAGAGGUACUUACUCUACAGACCCCAGACUGUACCGACACGGGGAAUAAAUUCUCACUGUAUGCAGCAAAUGAACAGGGCAACUCUACCAUCAAAACCUCACUGAACCUUAUCACAAUUUCAUGUUCUCCUCGUCUUGCUGACCGUGACACAGCCAAUCAGACCUAUAGAGUCUGUGAAGGAUCGCCAAUCAACAUGUCUGCCAGGUUUAUAUCAGUCCCCGGACCGACGUUAUUGUGGUACCACCUGCCAGAUACCACUAGAUACGUACACAUGGACCGCUACAAUAGGUUCAGUCCCGUGUAUUACACCACUACCUACAGUAUACAGGCGGUCUAUAAGUACAUGUUUGGCAGCUACGUUGUGGAAGCAGAUAAUUACAGAGGCACAAGAGUCAGGGCCUACAUUGAACUCCUGGAAGACUGUUCGACAGGAAGUGUACCUAUUACAACAACAGAAGCAGCCAUUACCACAGAAACAAAAACCAGUACCGACUCAAAAAUCACGGACACGGCCUCCCCCCAGAAGUCGGGGGAUAGCGGGGCUAUAGCAGGAGCUGUAGUGGGGUCACUCCUGUUGGUGGCUCUGGUGGUGAUAGGGACCCUAGUAUACAUCAGAUACCGCAGAAAAAGGAAAGGGAAUCAAAAAUUUGAACAGUUGGACCUUCGGAAUGCGCAGAAUUACUGACGAGAAGGAAAGGAAUAGGACACAACUUAAUGAAAACACGCAACAUUCCCUUUGGUGCUUACAUAAGGCUAUAGACCAUUGUUUAACUUUUUAUUUUCAUAAUUUGUAAAUACCUACAUCAAUCUUUACCUGUGAUAUUAAUUACAUUUAUUUUAAGCUUACCAAAGCUACAUUUAGUGAGCUUUCUGAUUGAACCUUGCCAGAUGUGUCUGUCUGUUGUCUUGUGUUGACCAUCUGUUAACAUUUCUUUGGUACUGAGCCCAGUUCAACUUAAUUACUUUCCACAAAGCAUUAUUGUGUAAAAUGGUUUUAAAGAUUAAGAGGAAAGGGUUAGAUAACUCAUAAAUACAUGUAGUAACAAAUCUGGUGUCUUUGUAUAAAAAUUAAAUUUGCUAUAACCACUGGGCAAAAAAGUCAAAUUCUUCCCUCGGGCUGGGGAGGGUAAGAAUUGGGGAUUUAAUUGUCACUGGACAAAAAAAAGUCAAAAACUUCCCUCAGGGUUGGGGUGAGGUCACAAUAGGGGAUUUAUUUGUACAUUCUGUCAUCAGUAAAGAAAUUUUAGGAAAACAAUCCUUAUUUCAUGAAGUGCAAACCCAAGUUUUUAAUUCAAGCUAUGAACUCUAAUAUUUAAUAACAAAGUCUGUUUGUAAAGGGAAAAAGAUCUCCAGAACAGCAGGGUCAUGUUACUCAUAUUAAUACUGAAGCAUUCAAAUGUUGUGUGGAUUCAAAUUUUAGACCAAUUGGGGAGGGGGAUGGAUCAUGAUAUGGGUUCAAAAUUCCUAAAGUGACUCGGGUGAGCAUUGUGGCCCAUCUCUGGCUGAGAUGAAAGAACUAGCUACCUCAUGGUGCUUUUUUUGGGUUGUGUGAAUUUAAUCGAGAAUUCUUCUCACUACUUUGUAGGAAAGUUAUUUUUCAUAAAUUUUAUAAGUUGUUCUUUACAAGAAAAAUUCUUGCCUCUUCAUCUUGCAAAUCCAUUGUUUUGAGACAAAUCCAUUGUUUGAGACAUAUCAAUCAAGUUAUAUUGUGAUGAAUUUUAUUUACUUUCUAUACAUUUCAGUUUUUAGAGUUAUGUUUUAUGUGAUAUGUAUUUUGUUUUUAGCUUAUCAAUGUUAGAUGCAAGUAUUAAAACUGAAUUAAUGCAUGCAUGUGUAUAUUUAUGAUGCCUGUCUUUGGGUAUAUUUUGAUAAAGUAACAUUUUUAUAUUCAUUUACUCAUAAAUAUAUAUGUAUAUAAUAUAUAUGGGUGAAUUUUUUAAGGUUUGGUAUCUGAAGUUUGGUAUGACCCCGGGGGUCAGCUGCACCCUGGGGCUUCUGUAGGGUUUCAAACCUUGACUUUACAUAUUAAUCACUAGAGCCUAGCUAUCAUAUAUAUGUUGAUGUGAAAUACUCAAAUCUGAUUGGUCAUGAAAGCAGUACAUGUAGAUUUAUUAUUAUAUGCAAGUUUUCAAUAUUUCAGAAUGACCUAUCUAAUUAUAAAGAGAUGAAUAAAUGUGUUAUUAAUUGUAAUAUUUAUACAUUUUUACAUUAGAAAAAGAAAUGACAAUAUUAGUGGAGACAUACUCUAAUCACUUCUUGCUUUUUCUGUGACUUUAUAUUUACAUAAUAAAAUGCUUUGUUUGUUUGUUAGUAUGGGAAUUAAUGUUGCAAUUAUUGCAGAAAA